AGACUUGACUUUAAUCCAUUGAUUAAUCCGUUGGGGAUCAAUUGAGGACAUAAAUGCAGCCCUUUGCUGUUCGGUGUUACAGGUUGUGACGCUGCUUCCCAUGGACGAGACGAACUGCUGGUUCCUCUGCGCGAUGUCGUCCCUGUGGUGGGACCAGUGGCCCUUACUGGCCACAAACGGGUCCGACCUCCCAGACAACAGCAGCUGCUUCAGCUCCACCAGGAGCACCGUCCUCAAGGGAAUCCCCUUCGGAGGAAUCCCAGUGGUGCUGAUGCUCGAUUUCUGUGUCUUUUUGGUGCUGCUGGUUGUCUUCUCCGUCAUCAGGAGGAAGUUUUGGGACUACGGGCGUCUGGCAUUGGUGGCAGACAACGUGGGGUUCACCGAGUCAACACACCGUCGCUACGGGCGCAUGUCGUCCAGCGUGGACGACGUGGAGAACGAAUUGGGAUUCUGCUCCUGGCUGCCUUUCAUCGUCCGAAUGGAUGAGGCGAAGAUUAAAGCCAGAUGUGGCAUGGAUGCUGUUCACUACCUGUCCUUCCAGCGGCAUCUGAUCGUCCUGCUGUCGGUCAUAACUGUCACCUCCCUCGCCGUCAUCCUGCCCGUCAACUUGUCUGGAGACCUGCUGGAUAAUAAUCCACAGAGUUUCGGAAGGACAACCAUUGGGAAUCUUCAAAACGGAAACGACCUGUUGUGGCUGCACACGGUGUUUGCGGCUCUGCACCUGAUCCUCACGCUCGUUCUGCUGCGACGUCACACCUCACAGAUGAAAGGCAUCCGCAGAGAGACGACCAGAAACACGCUGUUUGUGUGUUCGGUCCCCAAAGCGGCCACAGAGGAAGCUGUAAAAACCCAUUUCUCGGAGGCGUACCCGUCCUGCAAAGUGUGCGCUGUGACGCUGGGCUACGACGUGGCCAAGCUCAUGCACCUCGAUAAGGAACGGAUGCGAGCAGGAAAGAACCUGUGCUACUACGAGCAGGCCCUGAGGAAGACCGGCAAACGGGAAGCCUUCAUCCCCCGCUUGUGUGGUCAACUCUGCUGCUGCUGCUGCUCCCCGGGUGAUGCCCUCCAGUACUACAGCACUAAAGAGAAGCUGCUGGAGCAGGUGAGGGAGCAGACGGAGCUGGUGCCCCAGCGGCCCCUGGGCAUGGCCUUCGUCACCCUGCAGACCGAGGCCAUGGCCAAGUACAUUCUGAAAGACUUCAACGCACUCGAGUGCGGCGGCUCAAGCUGCUGCUGCGGGAGACCUCCGCAGCCGUCGCAGGAGAGCGACGCUCUGAAAGUGAGCAAGUGGAGCGUCAGCUUCGCACCCCACCCGAAAAACGUGUAUUGGGCCAAUCUGUCAGUGGGAGGCUUCACCUGGUUCAUGCGCUACCUGAUGCUCAACUUCUUCCUCUUCUUCCUGCUGACCUUCCUCACCACUCCGUCCAUCAUCAUCAGCACCAUGGACAGGUUCAACGUGACGAUGCCGAUCAACUAUCUCAACAGCCCCAUCGUCAGCCAGUUCUUCCCCACCCUGCUGCUGUGGUCCUUCUCUGCGCUGCUGCCGACCAUAGUUUACUAUUCCACCAUUGGAGAGGCCCACUGGAGCAGGUCCAGUGAGCAGCUCAGCAUGCUGCGUAAACUCUACUUCUUCCUGCUGUUCAUGGUGCUGAUCCUCCCCUCGCUGGGACUCACCAGUCUUGCAGUGUUUUUCCGCUGGCUGUUUGAUAAAGAGUUUCUCUCAGGUGGGAAACUGAAGUUUGAGUGCGUGUUCUUACCUGACCAGGGAGCGUUUUUCGUCAACUACGUGAUCACAGCGGCGCUGGUGGGCUCUGGGAUGGAGCUGCUACGGUUGCCUGGGUUACUGCUUUACACCAUCCGGAUGGCGUUCGCCCGCUCGGCCGCUGAAAGGAAAUAUGUGAAACAGAAUCAGGCCUAUGAGUUUGAAUACGGCGCCAUGUACGGCUGGUCCCUCUGCGUCUUCUCCGUCAUCAUGGCCUACAGCAUCAUCUGUCCUGUCAUUGUGCCGUUCGGUCUCCUGUACAUGAUGCUGAAGCACCUGGUGGACAAACACAACCUGUACUUUGCCUACCUGCCUGCUCGCAUCGACCGCCAGGUGCACCUGGGAGCUGUCAAUCAGGCUGUGGGCGCGCCCAUCAUCUGCCUCAUAUGGCUCUACUUCUUCUCUGUCCUCCGCGCAGGGUUCUGGACCGCCACGUCUCUCUUCACGCUGGUGGUCCUGUGUGUGACCGUCUUCAUCUGCCUCGGCUACACCUGCUUUGGCCACUUCAAGUACCUCAGUCCGCACAACUACGCGGUGAAGGAGGAGGACGAGGACGAGGCGGAGGGAGUGGAAGAAAACGCCAUGUUACAGGUCUACCUGCCCCGAGUGCUCAACCCCAAAUCACCUGCCAGCGCGCAACAGGGUUCUGAACCUCUGCAGGGUUACGGCUCCACGGAGGUCAGCCCGGCCCACAGCCCGGUCCGGAGCCCGACCCGCUGCUCCGACCCGGUGACGGACAGCGAGCCGGACGGCUGAGUCAGCGCUCAGCGUUUUUUUUUCUUCUUUUUUUCCCUUUUAAUGACGAGUCCAGGUUCUGAAGUCGCGACGCCACAAAACUUCUGACCGCAAGUCUCCUUCAUGCAAGAACCGGUCCGCUCCCACGGGGCCGGUACCAGUGAGCCGGGAGAACUUGCCGUCUUUACAAAUUGAAUUUUUCUCUUUGGCAUGAACACAUUUAAUCUGCCGUCAUCAACAACUGCUGUAAGUAUUUGUCAUUCCACUAAUUUGAAGCAACUUCACAUUUAUUAUCCUGUUUGAAAUAUAAACCAAUAGGAUUCUAGAUGCGUAAAUUCGUCCAAACGACAUCAGCAAUAAUUGAUUGAUUAAUUGUCUGUCGAUAUCGACAGACGAUAUCAAAAAUAACAUUUCAAAAAGCAAAAGGCCGUUCUUGCCUAAUUCUUCUGGAUUGAUACGAGUUAAAUAUCAAUCGCCUCUCACAGGAAUGACGGGAAAUAGGAAUAGGAAUUUAUUUAAUAUUCUGAUCACUUUUUGCACGUGUUAAGCAUAUUACACACAUCCUGAAUCUGAAAUGCAUCUUUUAUUUUCUGUCUAUGUCUCUCGCCAAUUCUCCAAGGGUUCUUUUUGCAUGAAACUCGCCAUUUCAAACAAGCCAAAAUGUUGGAUUCCAACACUUGGAAUCUAUUAUUUGCACAUGCUGAAGCUUAUUAUGCAAGUUGCACCAACAACCAACACUGACGCCAAAGAGGCCUGCAGAGCUUUCUGUUCUAGUCUAGAUUUCUUCACCGGGCCUUUUUGUGACGCUUUUAGAGGACGAAACCUGCCAUGGGAAUAAUCAACAUUGCCUUAUGUUCAUUAUGCACUUUCUAUAUCAAGAGAGGCCUGUUUUGUGUCUGCUAACUCGAUCAGUAUUGCUUGAAUUAUGCAACCAAAACCUUUUGUUAAGAGACACAAUUUUAUAAUAUUGUUUAAGAUGAGACAAUGUUUCAACAAUGAAUGAAUGUCUGAAACAGGUCAAUGUUUAUUUCUAUUCGAUGUUACGUUUUUGGAGCUUUUUUUAAAUGGAACUAGAUUUUAAACAUCAACUUGUAUCUGUACAGUGCUGGACAAUGUCUUCAGAUGUGGUAUGUUAAGCUUUGUACACGGUCAUCUAAAUGUUUAAACCGUGCAGCUUUCCAACGCAAACAAGAACAACUUCGCGGUCAUGAGCGCGUCUCGCCAGCUGGAGGCGCCGUGGAGCUGCAGUCGGGUUGUAAAACCAGAGAAGGGGGAAAAGGACAAAUGCACAGUGUCAUUGAGGACUUGUAACUCAUUCUGACUUUGGUUCGAGGCCGUUUCCUCCGCCUCCUCACCUGAUCCUUCACCAUUGUCUCGCUUGUCGUUUGCUUCCUCUUUGCUUUGCCCUUUUCCCCUUUCUCACCACCUAACUGCCCCAGCUGAUCACAACCUCUAUUGUACUUGUACGGCCUUUGAGAGUUCUGUUGUGACUACUUGUUAAAAAGGGGUAAUGAAGUGCUAAGCUAACAUAUGCAGGUUAUUAGCGGUGUGAACCGUUGGAUGAGGAUCAGGACGCCGAUGGAGCUUAACAACAGUUCUCGAAAAUAAAGAUCAGGAACUGUUGAAAGACUCAUUUUUAUUGUUUAACAGUCACAUUUUUCUCUUUAGUUUUUGUUAUUCUACAUAAAAGUCCCAAUGUGCCUCUUGAGCUGCUGCUAAUGAGACGUUGAGUCGCUGGACACAUAGAAAGUCUCUCAUUUCAACCUUUUCCAUAUUGAUUAACAUUUCUAUAACAUCUGUAUGAACAGAGUUUAUUGGCCGCGCGUUUCCCUCUGAUGUCGGACAAAGAUGAAGCAUUGCAAAACAGAACGUCUCAACUAUUUCAUGUUGCUGCGUGUGUGAGAUUAAGCAACAAAAAUAUUGCCCUCCGUGCCGAAUGAUCUCCAGCGUGUCGAAAGAAAUAAAUCCCACAAUUUA